AUGCCAAUAACAAAAGAAGAACAAGGAAUACAGGCAGCGAAUCGUGCAUAUUUGAAUGCGCGUGAAAUUGGGAAUCACCAAGAGGAAGCAAGAUGGGCAAAUUUGAUAGGAGAUAUGUAUAAGAACAUAGGAGAGUAUGUCAAAGCAUUGAAAUGGUUGCGUAUUGAUUAUGAAAUAUCAAUUAAGUACUUGCCUGAGAAGCAGUUGCUGCCUACUUGUCAGUCUAUUGGAGAGGUUUAUCUCAGGCUUCAUGAUUUCAAGCAUGCUUUGGUUUAUCAGAAAAAGCAUUUGGAUCUUGCCAAGGAUGCCAAUGAUCUUGUUGAACAGCAAAGAGCCAGCACCCAGCUUGGUCGAACGUAUCAUGAAAUGUUUUUAAAAUCUGAUGAUGACCAUUCCUCAAUUCGAAAUGCUAAGAAGUACUUCAAGUCAGCCAUGAAGCUAGCUCAGACUCUCAAGGAAAAUCCACAUACUAAUAAAUCUUCCUUCCUCAAAGAAUACAUAGAUGCACAUAAUAAUAUAGGAAUGAUUGAAAUGGAUCUUGAUAACUUAGAAGAAGCCAAGAAAAUCCUUACUAGAGGUCUAGAAAUAUGUGAUGAAGAAGAAGUCAAUGCAGAUGAUGAUUGUCGGACCAGGCUCCAUCACAAUCUUGGAAAUGUUUACAUGGAGCUGAGGGUGUGGGAUAAGGCUCAGGAACACAUUAAAAAAGAUAUCAGAAUUUGUAAUAGAAUAGGGCAUUGCCAAGGGGAGGCAAAAGGAUAUAUCAAUCUUGGUGAACUGCAUUACAGGGCUCAAAAGUAUGAGGAAGCAAAUCUUUGCUAUCAGAAGGCACUUGAUCUGGCAAAAUCCAUGGAAGAUGAAGAUGCUUUGGUCAAGGAAAUUGGUCAUAAUAUUGGAACUGUAAAAGAAGCUAUGGAGGUGAUGGAUGAAUUGAAGAAAGAAGAACAGAAUCUUAAAAAGUUAACUAGAAGUAUGGUCACUGCAAGGGGAACACAUCAUGAACGGAAGUGUUUGCUGCAACAGAAUGCGUCCCUUGAUAGCCUCAUUGAGAAGUCGAGCAUCAUACUUGCAUGGUCAAAGCAUCAUGAAUUUGCAAAACGGAAGAAGAGAAUAGCAAGUGAACUCUGUGAUAAAGAGAAGCUGGGCGAUUCAUUUCUACUUCUUGGAGAAUCAUACCAGAAGCUUAGAAAAUUCAAGAAAGCCAGUAAAUGGUUCAUGAAGAGUUGGGAGACAUACAAGUCAAUCGGCAACUUGGAGGGUCAAGCAUUAGCAAAAAUUAAUAUUGGUGAUGUUCUGGACUAUGAUGGUGAUUGGAUGGGAGCACUAAAUGCAUUUGAAGAAGGAUAUAGGAUUGCUGUUAAAGCUAAUCUUCCCUCUGUUCAGCUUUCAGCAUUAGAGAACAUGCACUAUAGCCACAUGAUAAGAUUUGACAACAAAGAAGAGGCCAGGAGGUUGCAGCAGGAAAUUGAGAAGACAAAGUCCAAAAAUAGGGAGUUUGAAAAACAUAAUUUGGCAACGGAUUGCUGCUCUGAGACUGAUACCGAAGGGGAUAAUCACUUGUCAGAUUGUAGAUCUAAUGCAUCCUGCUCCCAAGAAAUUAGCAAAUCUAAUUCUGCAAGAUUGAAAUCAUUAGCUGGUGCUGAAGAGUUGAUUGAUGAUUUACCUCUGAUUUCACUCCUUCAGUCCCGUAAAGCUUCUCCCAGAAGAAAGCCAACUCAAGCAGAAAGGCAUAAUACUUCUACUAGGCCAACUGAAGCUUCUCCAAAAUGUUUAUCCAAAACAGCUAGUGAUCAGCAGACAGUUCUUGGUCGUAAACGUAUUAGAAUAGUCCUUUCAGAUGAUGAAGAUGAAAUGCAUGAUGAAGUAGACUGCUCCAGAGAAAGGCUCAAUAGCUGCCCAGUAGAGGAUGUUGCUACUUCUAAUGCAUUUACGGGGGCAAGCAAUCUGGCUAUUUCUGAAAGUGGAUUUCAGACAGCUGCUUCCAAAUGUGCUACCAGUUCCUGGAAUCCCAAUAACAAUGAAGAAAGCACUUCUUCAUACAAAUCUCAGAGCCCUAAAGCUGUGACUCCCAAAGGCAAAGUUUUUAGAUCUUCAAGCAAUAACAAAGUUGUUUUUGAAUGUGAUCUUGCUGCUAGUGGUUCCAAAUGUGAUGUUGUCUCUGAGAACUCAAGGCAUAAAAACAAUGCUGCCCAUCUGAGGUUGCAUAAUUCCGAGAAUGAUGAUAAUCAGUGCAUCAUAUUCAGAAUUGACAAUGACCUGAUACACGUCGAUGCAGCUUCAUACUUGGCUUUUGAUAAAUUGAGCAUUGAGUCUAUGACUGUUGAGCUGGCCUGUUUGUACUAUUUGCAGCUUCCUACAGAUAAGAGAUCAAAAGGUCUCUUGCCCAUCAUUCAGCAGAUGGAAUGUCAUGGAAGAGUUCUAGAUUCCAUAGAAGCAUUUGAAAUUCUCAAGGGUGAUCAAGGAAACAUCCUAAUAGAAGUUUCCAUUGAUGGUUGGGUUCAAAAGCGCUUGAUGAAGCUGUACAUUGACUUCUGCGAGGAGUUAUCUGAGGCACCUAACAUGAAGUUGCUUAAAAAGCUAUACAUUUCAGAGGUGGAGGAUGAAGUUAUUGGAUCUGAAUGUGAAUUACAAGAUAUAUCAGUAACUCCACUGUUGAAUUCCCUGCAUACGCACAAAACAGUUGCCUUGAUAGACCUUUCCCAUAAUUUUUUGGGAUUAAAGAGGGCAUGCUUACUGUUUCUUUGCAUGCUUCUCAAAACAGAAGCUGUUAUUAUCUCUAAAAGGAAAGAGUGGUCCUGGAUUUUCUCCUCAGCUAAUAUUAGUUAUCCAUUGGUUAUUCUCUCAGGGAAUGGAACAAUGGAGAAAAUUCAACAAUGUCUCAUAUCAGGGCAAAAAUAUGGUGAUUUGACUUUGGAUUUGCAUUGCAAUCGAUUUGGUCCAACUGCUUUGUUUCAGAUCUGUGAAUGUCCUGUGCUCUUUGCUCGACUGGAAGUCCUUAAUAUCUCUGGAAACCGUCUUACUGAUGCAUGUGGAUCUUACCUUGCAACCAUAUUGGAAAAUUGCAGAGCCCUAUACAGCUUGAACAUAGAGCGUUGUUCUAUAACAACAAGAACAAUUCAAAAGGUGGCUGAUGCACUAAAUACUGGCUUGGUCUUGGCACAGCUUUCUAUAGGAUACAAUAACCCUAUAUCUGGAAAUGCUAUCAUUAAUCUACUAGCCAAACUUGCCACCUUGAAAAGUUUUGCAGCACUGAACCUGAGUGGGUUAAAGCUAACCAAGCCUGUUGUUGAUAGUCUCUGCCAACUUGCUAAAACAUCAUGCUUGUCACGGUUAAUGCUAGGAAGCACCGGCAUAGGAACUGAUGCGGCACUACAAUUAACUGCAUCAUUGUUCGACGGGUCUCAAGAGUGUGUUAAACUCGACCUGUCAUACUGUGGACUAAUGCCUGCAUAUUCACAUAUACUCAGUACUGGUACUCUGAUUUGUGGCAUUCUUGAGCUGAACCUUGCUGGAAAUCCCAUCAUGCAAGAGCUUGGUUUGCCUCUUGAGAAACAUGUUUCUGGAGUGGAAAGGUACAAAUGCAGUAGUGUCAUUUCUUACAAAUCCACAAUGCUGUCUGAAAGUUUUGGUGCUAAACAAAUGUCAACUGGGGCUUACUGGAGUUCUUCAAAUGAUUCAGGCACUCGCAGUCCAGAAAAUGACUCUCUAGAAGAGCUCCAUCUUGCUGAUAAUGCCAACCUGGAGAAAACAUACAUGCUGCAGUAUGAGUUGACAAAAGGGAGCUCAGACAUUUUACAGCCCGACUUAAAUAUAUCUGAAUCUUCAAAACUGUGUGUGCCCAAGGAAACUGACACUGACAAGCAGGGUAUGUGUGUUAUGAACACUGAAUGUAAUCAGUUGGAAGUGGCCGAUAGUGAAGAUGGUCCAAUCAGGGCAGAAGCUGCUCCGUCUGAUUUUGAUGACAGCUGCACAAGCUCAUCCCAAAAGAAUUCAUUGUUAGAGUGCCAAUUCAUUCAAGAGCUUACAACUGCCAUCAGCAUGGCAAAGCAGCUGCAAUUCAUAGACCUGAGCAAUAAUGGCUUCACAGAACAAGUUGCAGAAGCUUUAUGUGCUGCAUGGUCAUCUAGAUUAGGAAAUGAUUUGGCUUGGAGACACAUUAAGGAUCCGACGAUCCAUUUCUCAAUGGAAACAAACAAAUGUUGUAGGGUCAAACCCUGCUGCAGAAGAGACUGA